UUAAAAUUCAUUAUAAUUCUAAAAAAAAAUCUUAAAUUUUAUUUAAAAUAAAUAGAAGUUUCAAGUUACUGAAAAUAAAAAUUUCAUUAUGGACGUAGCGUGUAAAAAGGUUUUUUUGAAUGUAGCACGAGGAGAUGUGAAAAAAACAGUCAAACUAACUAUGGACAAGUCAAAAUAUAUAAAUUUGGAUGAACUAAAUGAUGCUGUAAAAAUCAAAUUUAAUUUUAAUGAGAAUCCAAUAUACACAAGUGAAGUUGGUGAUGUUCUUGAUCCAGAGGAUGUCGUAGAUUAUAUUUAUCAAUACAUGGAAUCUCCAUCGUUUGUGUUACAAAUAAAAGGUUCUCCAUUUGAAACAGAUAAUAAUUCAGUAGAAAUAUUAAACGAGCUUGCAGUUGUAAAUGCAUCGACUGUGCAAGAACCUUCAUAUGUAAUCGAAAAUUUGUUUAAUACCUUGAUUACAGAAGAGGACUUUAAAUUAUUUCUUAAUUUCGAGUGCAAAGAUAUUAUUCAAUCAUACAAAGAGAAGCAAUUAUUAGGACGGUAUGACAGAAUAAAUUUAAGCAAAAGUAUUAUCAAUCAUCUUUUAAACGUGGAUCCUUAUAUGAAUAUACGAAAAGAAGAUUUUGAAAGAUUGGCUUCUUAUAUUGUGAAAGCAUUUCCAAACGAAUCAAAAGAUUCUUACUACACAAAAUAUUCAACUGGACGUUUGGCUUCUGGUAAAUUAUAUGAUGCAUAUACAAAUGCAAAAACCAAAUUAGCUAAAAAAGGUUUGAUACAUCGCAGAAGUCGCUCUAAGAGUCUCUCAUCUACUUGUACUGAAUCAACUUUAGUUUCACCUAUUCACCUUAACUUAGAUAACGAUCAAUCGACCAUACUGGAAAUUGUCGAGGAAAUUUCAGCUGCGUCAACAAUUUCGGACGAGUUGCGGUGCAAAUGGGAGAUCACAUUUGAUCACCGAUGUAUGCUAUUAGAAAAGGAUACUCCAACUUCAGAGUACAUCGAUAAGUUUUCUGUGUUGAAGAGCGGAGCAGGCUAUGAAUUGGUAAGAACUUUGCAAUUUUCAAAGCAGAUUUCAUUUAAAGAUAAAACAAUAUUUUUUAUAAAGUUGGUUUUAGAUGCUGAAAAACGGUAUGGAACCAAAAUAGUACCAAAGAUAACUGAGAAAAAUAUUCAACUUAUUAUUAAUGAAGCCCAUUUAAGUAGGAACUUGAAAACUAAGGAAAUAUUAAAGGCUUUGGAGAAUGAAACAGACGAUAGUAAAAGAAAAUGUUGGGCUCUUCUGAUUUUGCCAUAUGUAAUACCAGUUUCAAAUAUUAAGCGAAAGUUGUCAACAAAAUUGUACAGGCCUUCAAAAAUUGAAGCUCAAGAAGCGUUUAUAGCACAUUAUAAGAGUAUACCAGAAGCAGAUCACGCAGAGAGGCAGUAUAUCAACCAAUGCAGAAAAGUUAAAGUCAAUAUCCAGCCAAAAAUAGUUUUUAUAGGAGAAAAUAUCGAUUUGACGUGGGUUUUAGUGUCACAUGUCAAAUAUUGUUUUAAAAAUCCGUUAGAAGCAGUUACUGCAUGCUUCAGUGUUUUCAUGGGACUUAACAUACAAUAUCCACCCGAAUGCAAGAGAAUCUGGUAUUUUGUUCAAAAUUACAUUUACAAAAUUACAACUAAAUAUGACAAGGAUGAUGCUGUAUUGAAGACCUUAGCUUUAGAUUUAGAAUUCCUGCAACAAAAUAAAAAUUAAAAUCUUAAUAAGAAUGAACAAAUAGGUACGUGUAGAAACUGUAUACAUACAAUUACUAUUAAAUUUAAAUUUUAUUUUAAUAAGUUUAACGAAAUUUAAAUGAAUUAAUAUAAUAUGUGUAACUUUUAUAAUUUUUAAAAUGAAUUUUAAAUGCUUUUUAUGUAUUUCAAAUUUUGAUAAUGAUGUACAAUUUGUUGAUCAUUUGAAGUUAAAACAUGCAAAUUCUAUUCGUUUUCCAUGCACUAUCUGCAAUCGAGUUUAUGAUAACAUUUACUACUACAAAGUUCAUUUAAAAAGCCAUGCAAUUUGUUCUAAAAAUGACUUAAGCUCAAUUUGUGAUUCAAAUCAAAGUGCAAUUUAUAUUGCUAAUACGAUUUCAAAUGACACCUCAGUUAGUUCAAAAGAAAAAAUUUCAAGUCAUGCAAAUAUUAGCUUUCGGAAUGAAUUCUUUAAAAUUUUCCUUUGAAAAUUAGUGCGUUAAGAAAAGUUAAUAAAGAUGUUUUUGAACGAUAUAAAUUUACAGCGAAAGAUAAUGUCUAUUCGACAAAAUUUAUUCGGUAUAAUAAUUUACCUGUGAAGGUUGGUAUGGUAAUUUAUGAAACAAACUCACAACUUGCUGUUGUAGAUUAUAUCUUUAAAUAUGGCGAAAAAUUGUAUUUAGGCUUAUCUUUACUGAAAGAGAUAUGUUUUGACAUGCAUUAUUAUGCUUAUGUUGUUGACAACACUAAUAUACGCAAAACAAUUCCUGUAAAUGUAAAUUGCAUAACUCGUACAUCGUAUAUUAACCAAACUUCAAAUGGUCAAAAAAUAGUUGUACUUAAUCACAUUUUACAUGAGAUAUAUCAAAGUAACUUAUAAGAAUAAUUUUUUGUAAAAAAUAUGUAAAAUAUGGAAUAUAGAAUUUUGUUUUUGUAAACAUUAGGUAAUACGCAAUUAUAUGUCAUAAAUA